AUGGACGCUCCCGCGGCGGCCCAGGGCGGCUGCGGCAAUAAGCACAUUGUGCUGGUCCACGGCGCGUGCCUGGGCGGCUGGUCCUGGUUCAAGGUGGCCACCCCACUCCGCGCGGCGGGGUACCGCGUGGACGCGCCGGACCUGGCGGCGUCGGGCGUGGACCCGCGGCCGCUGCGGGAGGUGCCCACGUUCCGGGACUACACGCAGCCGCUGCUGGACCUCCUCGCGUCGCUGCCGGAGGGCCACCGCGUGGUGCUCGUCGGCCACAGCCUCGGCGGCGUGAACGUGGCCCUGGCCGCCGAGACGUUCCCGGACAAGGUCGCCGCCGUGGUGUUCCUCUGCGCCUUCAUGCCCGACUGCGCAGCGCGGCCGUCGCACGUGAUGGAAAAGUUCGUGGAGGGGAAGUGGCUGGACUCGAUGGACACGGAGAUGAAGCCCCAGGACGCCGAAGGCAAGCUCCCCAUGUCUAUGAUGUUCGGGGCCCGGAUCAUCCGAGAAAAGUUCUUACAGCUCUGCUCGCCCGAGGACCUCACGCUCGCGGCAUCUCUGCUGAGGGUGAGCUCGAUGUUUGUGGAGGACCUGGUGCUCCAGCAACCCUACACCAAGGAAAGGUACGGGUCGGUGCGCAAGGUGUACAUCGUGUGCACGGAGGACCACGGCAUCGUGGACAAGUUCCAGCGCUGGAUGGUGGAGAACAACCCGGUGGACGAGGUGAAGGAGAUCGCGGCGGACCAUGUCGUGAUGCUCUCCAGGCCCGACGAGCUGGUGCGCUGCCUCACCGACAUCGCCGACAAGUACGCUUAA